ACUGUGCCCAGAUCACGCCCCUGCGGGAGUUCUGCCCCUGGAUUAGCUUCUUAGUUCCAGAUUCUGGGGCGUGAGCUACCCGGCUUGGGCUGGGGACCGUGGCAUCGGUUCUAGGAUGCGAGAGCCAUUUCUUUCUGGGCGGGGGGUGAUAUCUUCUGGAAGCCGAACCAUCCCGUCCAACCACUUGCCCCAAACGGGAAACAGGCCGUGGUCACCUGUCUAGGAAGCUCCGAAGAUCUGGCCACGGUGUCCCUCUCAGAAAGACAAUUUUCCCCAGCCCGCUGGAAAGAUUCCUGGCUAUCACUCGUCUGGGGUAACUGAGGACAGGAGCUACGCCAGGCGUGCCGGAUAGAGCAGUGGAGAGCACCCCCGCCUGACCUCCUGUCCCCUACGCGGACCCAGACUCGGCGCCGCACAUUCCCCCCAUGGUGGGGGGGAACGGCGCAGUCACGCGCGCAUCUCUCUCGCGCUCACAAGCGCGCAAGGCUCACGCUCUGCGCCCCGCACACCUGCGCUCCGCCCCUUGGUCCCGGGCGGGCAAGGAGAGAAGGAUUUGGGAACCCAGGGUGGCGGCGGAGGCGCCUCCCUUCUCCAUUCCCCAGGGCUGGAGUGGUCCGGAGCCUGCCGCGGCUCCCAACCAGUCCGCAUUCCCCCUCCAUCCUUCCCUCCCCCCGCCUGCCGCGGCACCGGUAUCCGCAGCCACAGCCCGGAGCCGGUGAGGCGGUGUAGGGGGGAGGGGGAGGAAUCAAGGGAUGAACGCCGGGAGGGCGACGGGGGCCCCGAGCCGGACUAGGACGCCCCUGGAGCGGGAACCCGAGCCGGAGUCGGAGCCAGAACAAAACCACCGGUACCGGCUGCAGCCCCCUAAACUCAGGAGGCGUCCUGGCCCGCGCUCGCCCCCCAGGGCCUCAUGUCGGAACCACAGCCUGACCUGGAGCCGCCCCAACAUGGGCUGUACAUGCUCUUCCUGCUUGUGCUGGUCUUCUUCCUCAUGGGCCUAGUAGGCUUCAUGAUCUGCCACGUGCUCAAGAAGAAAGGCUACCGGUGCCGCACGUCUAGGGGCUCGGAGCCUGACGAUGCCCAGCUCCAGCCACCUGAGGAUGAUGACGUGAAUGAGGACACGGUAGAGAGGAUUGUUCGCUGCAUCAUCCAAAAUGAAGCCAAUGCUGAGGCCUUGAAGGAGAUGCUGGGGGACAGUGAAGGAGAAGGGACAGUGCAGCUCUCCAGCGUGGAUGCCACCUCCAGCAUACAGGAUGGAGCUCCCUCCCAUCACCACACAGUGCAUCUGGGCUCCGCAGCCCCUUGCAUCCACUGCAGCCGCAACAAGAGGCCCCCACUUGUUCGUCAGGGAAGGUCCAAGGAAGGAAAAAGCCGCCCCCGACCUGGAGAGACCACUGUGUUCUCUGUGGGCAGGUUCCGGGUGACACACAUUGAGAAGCGUUAUGGGCUGCAUGAGCAUCGUGAUGGUUCCCCCACGGACAGAAGCUGGGGCUCUGGUGGGGGGCAGGACCCAGGAGGUGGUCAGGGGUCUGGUGGAAGGCUACCCAGGACAGGGAUGCCUGUCAUUGAGAGGCUGCCCCCUGAGGAGCCACAACCCCAGUCAUUAGCCAGGCCCCCAGUGCAGAAUGGAGGACUCAAGGACAAUAGCCUAGUGCCUUGUGCACUUGAGGGGAACUCUGGGGCCUCUGCAGAACCAACACUGGGGGCCAGAGGGAGGAUCCUGAGCCCAAGUCCAAGGCUGCCCAGUCAAGAGGCAAAUGGACAGCAAAGCAAACCAGACACCUCAGAUCACCAGGUGUCUCCACCACAGGGAGCAGGGGGUAUGUGAGGUGAGUUUGAACCCCAAAUUAGAUAAUCUUGUCCUCCCACCCCUUACCUAAAUUACUUAGCCCAACAUCUCCUGAAACUCCAGGGUGAGCUCUAGGCUAAGCCUGUGCUUGCUACAAAUUCUUUGGCUGGUGGUGGGGAGUGGGUAUGUGCUCCAGAGAACAGGGAAGGAUGGGCUGCCCCUGGGGAAAAGCUAGGACACAGCUUAAACAGGAAGCAACUCUUCCCCUUCCUCUUCUCCAAGCCUCAUUCUUCAUUGUGCUGAUGGACCACCAGCUGGCAGGGUCAGGGAGUAGGAGGGCAUGAAGGCCCUCCCCUUCACUGGACAGCACUGCUCCCAGUUGAGGGACCAGCUCUACUUUCACCUGGAGUUGCACGGUCUCAGGCUGAGGGAACUUGGGAACAAGUCCCUCCACUUGUGGACCCUCGGUUUCCUUCCCUUCCCCUACCUGCCGACAGGCUGCCUAGCCUGCCUUCCCCAACACCUCGCUCCAUAUUGAUAGAGCGUGGCAGCUGGGACCAGGUUCCUGCCUUUGGGGGGGCCCGAAAGCAAUAGCACCUUAGGCUCCCUGCCCUCUUGGCAAAAGAGGUCCAGGCCCUGGCUUGGCCUUCGUGCCCUUUAUUCACUGUCAAUAAAUCCGCUCAGACCAUUA